AUGCCUACUUUGCAGCGAGCAUGGCUCAUGUGCUUCUGCUGCAUGCAAGCAGCUACUGCGCGACGAGCUUACGCCGAUAACUUGGACUUCGUCCAUCGCGACAGCGACGAAGUCUCCAAGAACUUUCCCAAUGUUGACAUUGAACUAUUGUCACCAGCUUUCGCAAGUCCAGAAACUGUCCUCAAGGGAUUCUCAGAAGGCACGAGCGGGCCAACAAGCCUAGACACAAUUGAAGGUCGAAUCAUGCCAUAUCUUUGCCUGUCCACUACUAAGGGAGACACGCCGUGUCAAGACCAUGCAAAGGAAAAACUUCGCAUUUGGCUGCAAGGCGGUCAGCAUGGAGACGAGCCAGCGGGUGAUCAGUCCAUCCUGGCUCUCCUCGGAAAGUUCGACGAUAAUUCUACGUGGGCGGAGUCAAUGCUGCAACAAGUGGACAUCAUGGCACUACCACGGUAUAAUCCAGAUGGCAUUACAUACUUUCAGCGGACUUUCGCAUCCAACUACGAUCCAAACAGGGAUCAUACGUAUCUGCAGCGACAGCAGACUCGCGACAUCAAAACGCUGCUGUCAGACUUUUCGCCGCAUAUCGUCCUGGACGCCCACGAGUUCAACGCAACCGCGCCAGUGGGUCCAAAAGGCGAGUGGACUAAGGCGCAGGACUGUCUUCUUUCGGGCUCCAAGAAUCUCAACAUUCACGAAGACAUCCGCGGCCUCACAGAAGGGCUUUUCACCAAUUCCAUCGGUGCAGCACUGGAGAAACGCAAACUGCGUUGGAGCCCCUUCUUCAAUGGCGGGGAUGGCAACUUGGACUUGUCCGAACCCGGAUCUCUCAGCCGAGCGGGCCACAGCUCGGCCGGGCUUCUUCAAGCGGUGACGUUCCUGCUUGAGAUCCGCGGCAUUUCUCUGGCGGACCAGCAUUUUCAGCGUCGUGUAGCUGCUGGCCUCACCGUCCUCGAGACUCUGGUGACGCAAGCCGCAGAAAACGCCCGCGGGAUUUACAAGACGAUCGAGGACGCCCGCCAAAAGUUCACGAACAGUACCGAAGAUAUCGUGGUCACAGACAAGGCGCGGUCGACCAGCGUCCAUUGGACGUUCAUCGACUCGAAGAACGGUAGCUUAGUCGACAUCCCGGUCACUUUCAAGAACAACACACCACCAGUGGCCAACCUUACAAGGGCGCGGCCCGAAGCUUACGUGUUCUCGGCGGCAUUCUCUGAUGUGGCGGACAAGCUGCGCGCGUCUGGGGUCAAGGUUGAGCCACUCGAGCACGACUUUGAGGGUACCGUCGAAGUACUCAAAGUGCGAUCGGCGCGCGAGCAGAGCAGUCCUGAUUCUUUCGGCGUGACUGUUACCACUCGGGCGUUUGAGAAGGAGGUGAAGAUCCCGGCUGGCGGAUUUUGGGUCGACACGAGGCAGAAGAACGCGGCUGUUGCGUUUGUGACGCUGGAACCAGAGAACUCGGCAUCAUACGUCAAGUACAACGUGAUACCCCUGCGGAAAGGGGAUGAGUAUCCUAUUUUCAGGGUCUUGCGAAAGUGA